AUGAUUAAAAAUAAUAACAAUAAUGCUCUUCGUUCACAAACACCCUUUAUGAGUGAAAAUCAUCCACUGAAUCCUUAUGGCAACAACUUCAUAGAUCACCCAUAUGAAUCAAAAAUAUUUUAUAAAUUUAAUUCAGUCAAGCAGUAUGUCCAUUUGGAAGAAGAUGACUAAUUCAGAAUCUCAAAAUAUUCUGCCUACUUUGCCUUUGGUUUAGGAGGGACAUUAAUAGGUGCAGUCGGUGGAUUUCAUUUGCUUUUAAAAUAUGUUUUCAAACCACAUUACACUAACUCGUUUGAACAUCUCAACCAUUAUAAGCAUUUAUAUUUAGGAUUGUUGGUCGCUUCAAGUGUUACUUUUAUGUAUACAUAUUUGACCACUUUAUACAUCAACAAUGUUUCGAGACCCUUACUAUACAAGUAUCUAGACGAAGCCAAGAAGAAUGGAUUCCAAGAUUACGAGAUUAGUUUCAAACAAUAAUGA